AUUCAUUUAUUCAUAAAAAAAGAAAAAUUAAAGUAUGUAAUAAUUUGUCAGCAUUCGGGUAUGACUUUUUCGUGUUCUAACCGGCCAGAGCUUUGCUAGAUUUCUGCUGUUACGCGCAGAAAAGAUAUCUUUAUUCCGUUACGUUACGGUCAUCCCCUGAAGAUCUCUUCUGAUUUGGCUUGUUCUCAAUCUGUGGCGUCUCUGUUUCAGCUCAUUUGGUUGUAAAGGUGCCAUCUUUCCCCUUCUUUCUCUGUUAUCUUUGAUGGGUACUUUGAUUUUGAGGCAAAGUAGUUGAUAGUUUGAUGCACAGAUCUUUUGGGUGAUGUUUAGCUCCAUUUAAGCUCAGACAGAGAUCCCACCUUUACCUUUCCAGAUUGGUUUGUUCACUUUGUUGUGAUGAAGAAUUGUUGGGCUUUUGAAUUGAUGAUAAUCUGGGUUUUGUCAGGGUUGUUCUUGGGAAGAUUGGGUUAUGGGUUUGAUCCUGUGGAUAAUUACUUGUUGAACUGUGGGUCAUCUGGUGAUGUUAAAGUGGGUGGUAGGGUUUUUGUGGGUGAUAAAUCAGCAGCAAAAUUUCUUUCAACCCCAAAAGAUAUAUUGGCUAAUGAUUCUUCAACUUCAAUUCCAGUCUCUGAUGAUUCUCAGCUUUAUCAGACGGCUAGAAUCUUUACUGGAACAUCAAGCUUCAAGUUUUCAAUCAGCCAGGGUGGCCGGCACUGGAUCCGCCUGUAUUUUUACCCCUUUGUUUAUGCUAGCUUCAACAUGAGUUCUGCUAGCUUCUCUGUUUCCACCCAGAAUAAUGUUCUGCUUAGUGAUUUUAGUCCUAGGAAUGUGUCGUUUAAGGAAUUCUCUGUGAAUGUAACAUCGAAGGACCUCGUGUUGACAUUUGCACCUUCCAGCAAUUCGUUCGCGUAUGUGAAUGCCAUUGAGGUUGUCUCGGUUCCUGAUGAGCUUAUACCCGAGGAUGCUACAACCAUCAAUCCGGUUGGGGCGUUCCGUGGCCUGUACACCCAGGCGCUCGAGACAGUUGCGAGGGUGAACAUGGGUGGAUCGCCUUUGGGACCGAGUAAUGACACACUGGGGCGAAAUUGGGUUAAUGACCAGAGAUUCUUGUUAAGGCCACAGCUUGCCACGAGCCUGUCCAAGAUCCCGUCCGUGAUUUAUCCUAAACAAGGAGCCACUAGAGAUUCCGCCCCACCAACCGUGUAUGGUACCUGCACUAAAAUGAAGGUGGAUGCUGGUGAAACCUCUGUCAAUUUCAACGUCACUUGGGAGUUUAGCGUGGAUCCGGGGUUCCAGUAUCUUCUCCGGUUUCACUUCUGUGACAUAGUGAGUCCAUCUCCUAAUCAGCUGCUAUUUAAUAUUUAUAUAGAUUCGUCGAAUAUUGCUCCAGAUUUUGAUCCAGGAUCUGCUGUUGGGAACCUUUUGUCAACUGCAUAUUUCCUCGAUUAUGUUGUGUCAACUGAUAGAAACAAGCUUCGAUUAAGUGUUGGCCCAUCUCGUAGGAGCGCUUUCGCUGAUGCCUUUAUAAAUGGAUUGGAAAUCAUGAAGAUGAACAACUCUAGGGGCAGCCUCAGCGGGGCGGAUUUUGUGCCUUCUUCCUCCAGCUCGGGCUCGAAGAAGAUUGGAGUAAUAGUGGGAGUUUGCGUAGGGGUACCGGUUGCUUUAGCUGUGAUUGUUGUUCUAUUUUGUAUGCACCGAAGGAGAAAACAGGAACUACUUGGCCAGUCGAAAACAUGGAUACCGUUAUCUCUGAAUGGAAAUUCCCACACGAUGGGAAGCAAAUACUCGAAUGGAACUACCAUAAGUGCUGCUUCGAACCUCAGCUACCGAAUUCCCUUUGCAGCGGUUCAGGAAGCAACGAACAGCUUUGAUGAAAGUUGGGUUAUUGGGGUAGGCGGUUUCGGGAAGGUGUACAAGGGCGAACUAAGCGAUGGAACUAAGGUAGCUGUGAAGAGGGGGAAUCCCAAGUCCCAACAAGGCCUUGCGGAGUUCAGAACCGAAAUCGAGAUGCUCUCCCAGUUCCGCCACCGCCAUUUGGUGUCCUUAAUCGGGUACUGUGAUGAAAGAAACGAGAUGAUUCUGGUUUACGAGUACAUGGAGAAUGGCACCCUCAAGAGUCAUCUAUAUGGCUCUGAUUUUCCUAGUUUGAGCUGGAAACAGCGGCUCGAGAUAUGCAUUGGGGCAGCCCGAGGGUUACACUACCUGCAUACCGGGUAUGCCAAGGCAGUUAUACACCGUGAUGUCAAGUCUGCCAACAUAUUACUCGACGAGAAUUUAAUGGCCAAAGUUGCUGACUUUGGGCUGUCCAAGACUGGCCCCGAGAUCGACCAAACUCAUGUCAGCACAGCGGUGAAAGGUAGCUUUGGGUACCUUGAUCCCGAAUACUUCAGACGCCAGCAACUAACAGAGAAAUCAGAUGUCUACUCGUUUGGUGUGGUUAUGUUUGAGGUUCUCUGCGCUAGGCCCGUGAUAGAUCCAUCUCUGCCAAGGGAAAUGGUGAACCUAGCCGAAUGGGCAAUGAAAUGGCAAAAGAAAGGGCAGCUGGAACAAAUCAUCGACCCCAAACUCGUGGGGAGAAUAAGGCCCGAUUCCCUCAGAAAGUUUGGAGAAACAGGCGAGAAAUGCUUAGCUGAUUUUGGCGUGGACAGGCCCUCGAUGGGAGACGUGCUGUGGAACCUCGAGUACGCCCUCCAACUGCAAGAGGCUGUCAUCCAAAACGAUCCCGACGAGAACAGCACAAACCUCAUCGGCGACCUCUCCCCGCAAGUCAACAACUUCAGCCACAUCGAAGCCUCUCCCACCCAGGGCGAAGCCACAAACUUGGACGAUCUUUCUGGCGUUUCCAUGAGCCGGGUUUUCUCGCAGCUGGUGAAGUCUGAAGGUAGAUGAAAAUAAUGCAGAAUAAACCAAAGAGGUAAUGACAGUACAUAACUUGUGUCCUAGCAGUAAGUUCCCAGUUUCCCAUUUCUAAGUCCUUUGUUUAUGCCUGCCACCUUAGAGGUUUGUUCAUUUAACUAUGAAGAACAAAAACACAGUGUCUUAUGAUGUUUGUUUUGUGGAUUGCUUAAAAAUCUCAUACCAAAGUGUUUGUGAAUUUUAGUGUUUUUGAUACAGAUCUUAUCUGCCUUUUGCACUGUUCAGUCUUUUUAUGUAAAA